UUUAUCACUUUAAUUAUAUAAUCAAAAUAAUAAUAACCGUCGUACUGCAUACGGAUAAAUGACUAGUUAUUAUUAAAUUGGAAAAAGAAUAACAUAAGCUUUAUAAACACAAUAAUUAAGUAUAUAGAACUCAAUAUAAUUAAUUCUUGUAAUUUUAGAAUUUCAAAAAAAAAAAAAACCACCAGCAGAUAGCAGCGGAUAGUCAUUAGCCAAGAGUGAUAGGAGAGCUCAACAACAUCGUUUCUUAAGAAUUUUAAACCAAUCAUAUAUAAGGCCAUCGUAUAUUGUGUCUGGCGCGGGAAUUAUAGUCCGCGAUCUUACUAGUUUGUCGCCAUCCAUGACCACCAUCCCAUCCACUUCAGAUGUUUGAUAAAUUAACCCAAUCAGCACUUAAAACCAUUUUCCCUCACAAACUACAAUGAAUACUACUCACUUCUCACGCACAAUAAACAAAUUCAACAUCCUAACUCAACAAAUUCGCUUCUUUGUUCGUGACCCAUUUCCAAACAAGCUCACCCAUUACCUUCGGCGGGCUGAAUUAAUUGAUUCAAUUCGACUAGCACUUCGUUCAAAUUCACCUAAUUCCAUCACCACUUUUCUUAACAACACCCGCAUUUUGGACCCAUUUGUUAUAACUCACACAAUUCGCUCUGCUCCCAGUGCUGAUUCGGCUCUUUUCCUUAUUGAAAUCCUUAAAAAUAUCCCUCAUUUCACUCAUAAUCAAUCUACUAUUCACGCCCUAGCCACAGUCUUAGCUAGGUCAUGUAAAAGUUUUGAGUUGAAGUCGCUGCUUAAUGAGAUUAAUGUGGGAAAAUAUUGCAAUGUUCGUGUUAGUUUUAUGAAUCUCAUGCAAUGGUAUGCUGCAGUCGGUGACUUAGAUGCAGUUUUAGAUGUAUGGGAUGAGUAUAGACAUAGUGAUAAACGUGUUUGUACCGAGUCUUACAAUAUUAUUAUGAGUUUGUUUGCUAAAAUGGGUAAUGAUGCAAAAGCUGUUGAGAUUUUCUAUAGAAUGAUCGAUGAAGGGGCUAUUCCGAAUUCGAGAACUUAUACUGUUAUGAUUGAGCAUCUUGUUAAAUUAGGAAAGUUGGAUUCAGCUAUUGAGGUGUUCAGUGUGUUGCCUUUGAUGAGAAUUAAGAGGACACUAAAGCAAUAUUCAGUUUUGGUUGAUGGGUUUGUUGGCGUAGAGAGAUUUGAUGAGGUGAAAAAGUUGGUUAAUGAAAUGAAGGUUGAUGGGAAGUUUCCUGGCCGUGCUAUGCACUCAGCUUUGCAGCGUAUGCAAGAAGCGGGAUUUGUGGAGGAGACAAAGGAGUUUGUAAAGGAAAUGUUUCCUGAUGAGAGAAUUAAGAGUAUAGGAUCUUGCUCGGAUGGUAGUGAUGAUGAUGAGGAUGACUAUGAGAAUGUUAAUAAUGGAGAUGUUCAUACUGAUACUAGUGAAGUUAGGUUAAAACCAUGGCUAGACCCAAAAGCUUUGGCAAAUGCUUUGAGUCAAUGGAGUCCUGAAGUGGUGUCCAUGUUGGAGGAUGCAAAGUUUGUGUGGACGACUAGGUUGGUUUGUAAGGUGCUUAGAAACUUUAGUUCGCCUGAAACAGCUUGGUAUUUCUUUUGUUGGGUUGCUUAUCAACCAGGAUUCACUCAUGACGUUUAUACAGUUCAAAGGAUGAUGACCCUUUUAGCACGGCAUGGGAAAGUCGAAUUGGUUGAUAAACUCAUAACCAAAAUAAGAAUUGAGGGAAUGAGAUUGCCUUUUAGCACCAUUAGAUUGAUUAUUGACUUCUAUGGCAUUUCAAAGAAUGCUGAUGCUGCAUUGAAGGUCUUUCGCGAUGACAGACCACUCUGUGGUUCUAUUACAAAAUUUAAUUUGAUGCUUUUGUAUUCAUCUCUAUUGCGAACAUUGACCAAGUGUAACAGAAAUUCUGAUGCAAUUGAUGUGCUUGAAGAGAUGAUUUUGUGUGGGAUAAGCCCAGAUAUCCAAACAUAUUCUGGGUUAAUGUAUCACUUUGCAUUGCAAGGAGACAUUAAAACUGCGCAAAAAUUAUUUACUAUAGUAAGGCAGAGUGGUGUAGAGCCAGAUGCUUAUAUGUUCAAGGUACUGAUCCUGGCUUAUUGCAAAUGUGAAAGGGCUGCUCUUGCAUGGAGGGUUUUCGAAGACAUGAAGAACUCAAAUUUGAUGCCUGAUACUGCUACAAAGGAUUUCCUUAUCAAGAGUCUUUGGAAAGAAGGCAAGCGGAAAGAGGCCGCCAUUGUAGAAGAAAGCUGUGAGGAAAGCAAUAAUGUCCUUCCUCUUGUUUUACGAGGUCAUAUAUGGACAGUGAGCUCUGCAGAUCUCACAAGAGUGUAUAAUAUUUAUUCCAACACUUUCAAGUCAACUGCUGCCUAGAAUUUCCUGGGAAUUACAGCAAAGAGCAAACAAUGUACUAGCUCAGAAUGUAUUUGCAACUUUGGCACAGCCUUACAUAUAAAAUGAAAUGCCGUUUUCUCC